AUGGCGACAACGGCUUCAAGCUCGGCGGCGGGCGCCGCUUCGGGGAGCAAGCAGCUCGACCCCCAGCAGAUCCAGGUUCAAUUUCAGCGCUACCGAACGGAGCUCCAGAGCCUCGCGCAGAAGAUUGGGGAGCUUGAGAGCGAGAUGGAGGAGCAUGCCCUCGUCCUGUCCACGCUCAAGCCUCUCGUUACCUCAGACCCGGAGCGCAAGUGCUUCCGGCUGAUCGGCGGCGUCCUCGUCCAACGUACAGUCAAGGACGUGGUUCCAGCGCUCGAGACCAACUACGCCGGCAUCAAGGAGGUGCUCGAAACCCUCGUCAAGACGUACAAGGGCAAGGAGGAGGAGUUUGCGUCGUUCCAGAGGGAACACAAGAUUGUUGUGAGUAUGAGUACGAUAGGCGGGACCGCCGGAGCUAGGCUGCUUCGAAUCGCGCAUGCAGGCAGUGGUUCCUCUCCUGCCGUCGGUCUAGUGUCCGAGAGGGAACAGCGCCCUUGA